GAGAGAGCAGGAGAAAAGGAGGGGAAUUCAUGUGGAGGAGGGGUCUCAUAAAGACUGAGAGAGCUUAACAGAGAUGGUGAGAAAAAGCAAGAGAGAGACUGCGUGAGGGAGGAAGAUGCUGUUGCCAGGGAACAGCAGUGAAGUCGAAACAUCCAUAUUUCCCAGGCGGUAGGAGGAUAGAAACACGUCAAAUCAUGGAUGCAAAACGGACUGAACCCGAGGCGAAGGAAAACAGCUGAUCCGGACUUCCAGAGAAUCAAAGAGAAGGAGGACACGAUUUCUUUCUCUACUGGAAGCGUCAGUCAACAGCAAGAACCAUCCAGCAGCCCACAUGCAGAUGUAAACAGCGAUGAGCCUCUCUCUUUUCGGGCAGGUUUAAGGGGGAGGAAGAAGAAAACACAGCAACUGAAGGCAAAACAGGGAAGCUUUCAAAACGGCGAAGAGGAAGUCUUCCUGGUCGCAUUAUUGAGCUGAAGCCCGUCCUCCCCCGCAGAGGAUGGGUACAGCAGAAGCCACCUUACGCAUGGACAGCAUGGAGGUGAAGGACGAGUGGCAGGAUGAAGACUUCCCCAGGCCACUACCAGAGGAUGGAUAUGUGGAUUCUUCAUCUGGCCUCACUGACAACAGAACUAAUCCCCCCACCUCCCUGAACGUGGCCGAGUCCAUGGCCCAGCGUAAGCGUCGCACCCUGGUCGCCCCCGACAUGAACCUCUCUCUGGAUCAGAGCGAGGGGUCGGUGCUCUCAGAUGAGUUUCUGGAAACGCCCGACGACCUGGACAUUAAUGUAGACGACAUCGAGACUCCCGAUGAGACGGACUCGCUGGAGUUUAUAAACAAUGGCAACGAACUGGAGUGGGAAGACGACACUCCUGUUGCCACCGCCAAGCGUCUUCCAGGUGAAAGUGAAGAGGAGAGGGACUCGUCUGGUCGUCUGUGGCGGACAGUGAUCAUCGGUGACCAGGAGCAGCGGAUUGACAUGCAGGUCAUCAGACCGUAUCUGAGGGUGGUCACACAUGGAGGUUACUAUGGAGAGGGUCUGAACGCCAUCAUUGUGUUUGCAGCAUGCUACCUUCCUGACAGUGGCUGUGAGGACUACACAUACAUCAUGGAGAAUCUCUUCCUGUACGUUGUGAGCAGCCUGGAGCUGCUGGUGGCAGAAGAUUACAUGAUUAUUUACCUGAACGGAGCGACUCCUCGCAGGAAGAUGCCUGGCAUUAGCUGGCUGAAGAAAUGCUACCAGAUGAUUGACAGAAAGCUGAGGAAGAAUCUAAAGUGUCUCAUCAUCGCUCACCCAACGUGGUUCAUCCGGACCGUCCUGGCCAUCUCAAGACCUUUCAUCAGUGUGAAGUUCAUGGAUAAGAUCCGUUACGUUCAGACCCUGGAGGAACUCAGCCAGAUCAUCCCCAUGGAGCAUGUGCAGAUCCCCGAGUGUGUGCUGCAGUAUGAUGACGAGAAGAUAAGAGCACAAAGGGAAAGACUUGAGCAAGAGCAGCAGCAGACCAACUCAACACUGCCUAAAGAAAGGCCAAAGUCGAUGGUAGCAGAUGUUGGUCGUGACAUCUGACAUUCAGAGCUUUAAAUUGAAGAGCCAAUGGGGGACAUUCAUGCAUUAAAACAGGAGCCUAAACCGCCAUCACACGCUCGCUGCACAGGAUUAAAUCUCCUGACUGGAUCCAUUAGCUGCAAGACAAUCAUUUCCCAAAAACAUUAUUUUCGAUGCUUGCUUCUGACUUAAAGUGAAUUCACACCAGCAUUGCGAGAAGACAUUAAAUGAAAAAAAAAAAUCUCCCUGCAUGUCAAGUUGAGCUUUAAGCAUGACUUCAUCUAUAUGAAUCAAAAAUUAAGGACUUGGAUUAACAUUCAAGCAUCUUCUGACAUAAUGUAAUGUACAUACUUGUAUAGAUAUUUUUGAGAAAGUUGUUUGCACUGAUGUUUGGUUUUUGAUAUGAGUGGCAUGAAUAUUGUUUGGUUUAAUUUCACUGGGAAAUUAUGUGCAAUGAUAUUGUUCUUCUUAGAGCUACAGUAGAUGUCACUGAUGCAAACGUGUGUUUUGGUCUUAAAGUUUUCCGGAGUUCGAUCUGCAGGUGGCAUGCUUGUUUAUAUCCUUCCGUGUCAUUAGUUUUCGUCAGUUUUGAAGUCAUUUGCCAUCAUGUUUCAAAAGGUACUUUUACAAGAUGGAAAACAUACAUUGUUAUAAAUGAAAUUAAAUAUAUUUGAAGAGAGUAAAAGUGUUAUUUAUGAAAAUGUGCCAUUUA